GCAUCCCAUGGAAGUGUGCAGAAUUCCUGUAUGUUUCCUGAAAAUCCGGCAAAGUCCGCGUCUUCAAGUGCAAAAGAGCUCCGGCAGGUGGUCGAAGAGCUACCUAAGCAGACUCCGGUGCUUCUCGGAGAAGCCGACGAGGCCACUAAAGCGGAAGCGAUGCAACAAAUGUUCGCCGCUCUACAGCAGCUGGAAGAGGUCUUCGAGAAAUGUAGCGAAGGGAAAAGCUUCUUCGGUGGCGACACCAUCGGCUACGUUGACAUAGCCCUCGGUUCCUAUCUGGGUUGGAUGAAAGCAACGGAGAAGAUUGCAGGAAUAAAGCUUUUGGAUGAGGAGAAGAUUCCACGGUUGGUGAAAUGGGCGGAGCGCUUCUCCAGCAGUGAUGCGGUGAAGGAAGUGAUUCCUGAAGUCGACCAAUUGGUGGAGUUUAGUAAGGUUUUGCGGGCAGCUUUUAGGGCCGCUGCUUCUGCAUCUAAUUGAUCGUCAAUUUAUUAAUCUUCAUUUUUCGAUAAUUGUAUGGAAGAUUUUAAAUUUUAUUGCAUGAACUGUUUGAUGUUCUGUUGGGUUUGAUUGUUGAAAUGUGAUGGUGUUACUGUUGUUGUUUUCUUUUUGAUGUAUUGUUAGGGCUUUCGCCUUUUGAAGAAAUUCAAUGCAUUA